GAGAAGUGUCAAAAUAGUAGCACUGGCCAGAACUGAAGAAUACUAACAAAUAUAAUAUCUGCAGUGUUUUAUUUAAAUAAGCUUGCGAAAAUUGUACUAAUUCUUUAUGAACAAACUGUGCGAACUAGAAGUUUAAACAAACAACUAGAUUUUGCCUAACUGCAAUUGCUGAAUCAUCGACCUUGAUUCAUUCUCAAGUCUACACACCAAAUUUAUAUUGAAAAGAGGCAAUCUACCUUAUUGAACUUAAAAAGUUUGCAAUUUUGGGCAAUAAAUUGUCGCCACCGAUCGCUACGCUGGGAAAAAUUAUGAACUUGUGCUCUUCUGCUGGCGCGACUGCAUCAACAUCCUCUUUGGCAUCGGUAGACGAAGCUACUAUUGGCGGCCAUUCAAUCGCAAGCGGCAGAAGCGGCGGUGGAGGUGUCUUGACCACACAUUGUUUCGGCAGCAGCAGCAAUAGCAGCAGUAGCUGCGCCGCAGCUAUAACGACGAGUCUCACAACUAACCAGACGCAUAGCGGCAGUGGCAGUGCCUGUGGCGGCGGAGCCAGUAGCAGUAACGUUGGCAACAACAACGAAAUGCCACCGGAAACACGUCCCAAGGUGGUGACAGUUAAACACCCCGAAUCUAACAAACCUAAACCAACGACGAAGAAAAGUAAGCCUAUACAAGCUGAUCAGGAUGUUGUUAAAGCACUUCAACGUUGUCGCGAAGAAGGCAUUAAACGUUUGGAUUUGAGUAAGUCGUCCGUCACAGUUAUACCAACAUCAGUGAAGGAGUGCAUUCAUCUCACAGAGCUUUACUUGUAUAGCAACAAAAUCAGUCAACUACCUACUGAAAUAGGGUGUUUGAUUAAUUUAAAAACACUUGCAUUAAACGAAAACUCAUUAACUUCGCUGCCAGAGUCAUUGCAAAAUUGCAAGCAGCUUAAAGUGCUUGAUUUGCGGCACAAUAAGCUCGCUGAAAUCCCCUCGGUCAUAUAUCGCCUACGUUCGCUGACCACACUCUAUCUGCGUUUCAAUCGUAUCAUAGCCGUGGCAGCCGAUAUUCGCAACUUAACUAAUUUGACAAUGUUGAGUUUGCGGGAAAACAAAAUUAGAGAGCUGGGUCCUGCGAUUGGUGCAUUGGUAAAUUUGACUACUUUAGACGUGUCUCACAACCACCUGGAACAUUUGCCCGAGGAUAUUGGUAAGUGUGUAAAUUUAAGCGCACUGGAUUUGCAGCACAACGAACUCCUGGAUAUACCAGAAACAAUUGGCAACUUGAAAUGUUUGGUACGUCUGGGCUUAAGAUACAAUCGCCUUUCCAGUAUUCCAGCAUCACUUAAAAAUUGCAAAUGUAUGGACGAGUUUAAUGUCGAGGGUAACGGUAUAACGCAAUUGCCUGACGGUCUCUUGGCUAGCCUUGGCGCCCUCACCAAUAUUACACUAUCGCGCAACUCUUUCACCAGCUAUCCGACCGGUGGGCCUGCACAGUUUACUAAUGUGUACAGCAUAAACCUUGAACAUAAUCGUAUUGAUAAAAUACCAUAUGGCAUAUUCUCACGCGCCAAAGGUCUCACAAAACUCAAUAUGAAGGAGAAUGUGCUUACUGCGUUACCACUAGACGUGGGCACUUGGGUCAAUAUGGUUGAACUUAAUUUGGCAACAAAUGCAUUACAGAAGUUGCCCGAUGACAUAAUGAACUUACAAAAUCUUGAAAUUUUGGUGCUGUCCAACAAUAUGCUCAAAAAGAUUCCGAAUACCAUAGGUAAUUUGCGUAAAUUACGUAUACUUGACUUGGAGGAGAAUCGCAUAGAGGUGCUCCCUAACGAAAUUGGACUGUUGCAUGAGUUGCAAAAGCUAAUUUUACAAACAAAUCAGAUCUCGAUAUUACCGCGUAGCAUUGGCCAUCUAAGCAACCUGACACAUUUGUCAGUGAGCGAAAAUAAUUUACAGUACCUGCCGGAAGAGAUUGGCUCACUUGAAAACCUGGAAAAUCUAUAUAUCAAUCAAAAUCCUUGCUUAGAGAAGCUUCCCUACGAGCUGGCCCUCUGUCAAAACCUAAAAUAUCUAAAUAUUGACAAAUGUCCUUUGAGUACUAUACCACCCGAUAUACAAGCCGGGGGACCAUCGCUGGUUCUUCAAUGGCUGAAAAUGCAUUCCCCCUACAGGCAGAUGUGAGUGAACAGUGGUGAAGAUCCUGCCGCUCAGUGGCGUACACUUUAUAUGAGUAAUGACUGCUACUUGGAGUUUGAAUUAGAAGGGGAAGCAGAAACACACCGACACUAACAACGUCGGGCUUGGAAAUGCACUAUCAGUUGAGAUGAAUAGUUGAAAAUGUUCGGUAGUGCAUUUCCGACAAUCGUUGGCAAUGCAAACAAAAAGGAAAAACAAACCAAGGAAUAACAUAACGACUAUUAAACGAAACAUACAAACGACGAAUAUAGUGAGUAGUGCAUUGCAACUGCAAUGCUACCAUUAAAAACGAAUUGUAAACAAUAUUUUUGUUGUAAAAAUUAUGUUAAAAUUGUGUGAUGGUGAAACAAAAAAAUAGCUUUAAAAAUGCUUCAGAAAUCGAUUAUUUAGUUGCAUAAAGAUGUAUGUACAUACAUACAUACAUACAUGACUACAAACGAACAUACAAAAUAAAAUACAAUUGUGUGAAAACAUUAAAAAAGAGAAAUUAUGUUAAAUGCUUAUAAAUGUUAUGAAACGUGUUGCUGUUAAUUAAAAAAAAAACAAGAACUUUACUGCCCAAAUUAUGUUACAUAUUAGAUUGGAAUGUUGGAGGAAGUAUGCAAAACUAAAUUUUCGAGAUGACAGCUGAAAAUUAAGAUUGUUCGUACAUAUUUAGAGAUACACAAAUUUGCGGGCAUAGUACUCGCUUGCUUGUGUAUAGAACUAUUUGUAAUUUGGAAUAAGAAGUUGUAUUUGUCAAAAAAUAAAGCAAAGAUUCAUGUUUUUUUUUUGUCAGCAAGCAGCUGAGAACUACCCUAUUCAUGAGGGUAUUAGCGGCAAAAAAUUACAUGUAAACGUAAACAUACAUUGAAAAAAUGUAAUAAUUAUAAAUGUAAUAAUGUGUGAAGUGUUCUGUACCACUAAUUUUUGUAUUCAUGAUGAAAAUUUUAUCUUAUGCGCCUAUAUAUACUAAAUGUUCAAAUCAAAAUAUCCAUUUCAUUUAAAUUACUUCAAAUCGACAAACCGAACACAAAAAAUUCUAGUCAGUAUUCAUUCUAAGUUGUUGCGAAACCGCUUAACCGAAAGCAUUCGAAAUUUCCCUGGUUAUUGAUUAAAUACAAUUAUUUUUUAAUAAAAUUUUAUAAUUUUAAAGGAAAUGCCUACUUAUUCGUAGUUAUGUAAAUUUUUCAUAAUUUAAAAACGUGAACUUGAUAAAACAAAUAGAGUUUAGUGAUUAUUAUGUGCCCCUAUUGAGUUCGUCGAAGCAAAGUUUUCUCCAUAUUUCGGGUUUUGAGGCAUAAGAAGAUUCAAAUGUAUAUGUAUUAAAAGAACUAGUAUGAUUUCAGUUAUUAUUUAAAUUUUAUACCAAUUGACAUCUCUCUGUUAUGAAAUUCCAGCAUUUUUUACUGAUUUAAGCUUGAUUUUUCAAUGCUUACCUUUUACCUUUUGUAUAAAUAUUUAUAUUAAAAUAAACAUUUUAUAAAGAAAUAAACAUUAUACUUACAUUUACGCAUAAUAAGUUUAAGUUUUUCAUUCUUUUUGGACAGAUAUAAGCCGGUUUUUUUAGUUUUAAUUUGCCAGCUGCAUGGCAUAAAACAGUUUUGCAGACCAUGUCUUGAAAGCAUAACUAAAAUCUAUAAACUAAGCGAAAACCAGCCGAUUGAUCUACUUUGGUGGGUUAUUCGAAGGUAAACUGCUACGCUUUCAGUCUAACUGGUUUAGAUUUAGCGAUAUUUACGCUGUAUGCGUAACACGUUUAAAAUUAGUCAAAUCUCCUUGCUCAUAAUGAUAUGCAGUCUUUUGCUAUACCAUGAUGCAGCAUUUAUGUGCCCAACGGAUGAGGUGCAGAAAGUUAGAGAGUGUAAUAAUAUUUGCUACUACACACAUAAAUUGAUAAAAAAAUGCCACCACUGAUUUGAUAUGACUAGGGCAACCUGCUCGAGUAUGUGUUUUUUCUUAUACUCUAUGUAUUGCAAAAUGCCUAAAAUAGAAUGUUAGUUGUAAAAAGACAAAGCGCUUUAGCCAUUUUUGUUAGAUCACAUUUCCCAAUAAAUUAAUUGGCAUAUUUUAGUAAUAAAUGCUAAUUUAGUGCGUAUUCAAUAUUUUUUUAUAUAGCAUAGUAAUUAUUUUGAAAGGUUUUAUUACUCGUAAGAGGUGCGUGCCUAUGUAUGAAAAAAAAAACAGCUAAGGGAGAUACUGAGCUAAAUCAUGCACACUUAACCUUCGGUAGACACACCUACCUAAACGAAACACUGGGUAAAUUUCACCCCAAUUCAUAUUUUUUUUCCACAAAUAGAGUUAAAGUUGUUUUUGUAAGUAUUGAGGUAGUUAACGGUAUAUUUCUAGAUGUUAGAAAUAAGCAAACUACAGCCCAUCAAAUAUUUGGGGGGAUGACUCACACCUCAGUGUGUCUACCGAAGGUUGAUUGUGAAUAUUCACAGGCACCUAGAGUUUUUGCCACUUUUUAGUGCUUCGGUUAGUAUAGAUGCACCAUCUAUGCAGAUGUAAAUUCCGGGAGCUUCAAAAUAAAUGAGAUUUCAAACUACAGAGUAUAUAUUUAAAAAUAUGAUUUUUAUGAGCAAUUAAUAUUAAUUUUUAAAUACGAUUUGCGAAAAUACGUACAGAUUUAUGUUAUAUCCAAUAUUAAAUAGUGAGAAAAAAAUUUGCCCCGUUAAAUCUGAAAACUGUUACUAGCUCAAGGGUGAUAGAUUUGUCACCAACACAAUCUUAGUUUUUUCAUAAACAAACCGCUUCGUAACAUAAUGUAGCUGAUUCUGUCGAAUUCGCUGAGAGCCGAUUAAUGGCCAGAUCUUGGUCACAUCUGUAAAAAUGUUUUCACGAAGUUAGUAGCUGUUGCAUUAAGAGCAACAUUAUUAAGUCUGAGGUAGAUCAUCUUAUUUGAACAAUUGUAUUAAAUUACUGCUUAUUUUUUAUGUAUGAAAAGCAUAUUUGUUAUUUUAAUUAUUUCAAUUUUAUAGCUAAGAAAUUUUUUGCUGACAUUGAAAAUGUUUAAAAAAUAUGCAGAACUAAGUAAGAAAAAAAAAAACAAAUUAGACGUAUAAAAUAAUUAAACUCAAGCGCCAAGGAAUUGUUUAAAAAUAUAUUUAUAAAUUAGUUGUAUUCUGUAUAAGGGAGUUGUAAAUCAUAACUUAAAAAUUCAAUGUGCAUGUAAUUUUAGUGCGCAAGUGUAACUGAGUAGUGUUCGCGGUAAAGCGAGAAUUGUAAACUAACCCGUGGUGCGUUGUAUAAAGCCUGGAUGAUUUACACAUACAUUUGUAAAUACAUACACAUAUACAUACAUACAUACGUACACAUACAUAAUAAAUAUACUGCUUGCAUGCAUUUCAGAAUUUAUGUAUAUGAAUUGAGUUUCUAAUUGGUGUAAAAUAACAAUAAAUGUCGUAUUAAUUGAACUAAAAUGAAA